CCCAGCAGCCACUGGGGAUUCCUCCCCCCCCCCCCCCCGAAUGGUGCCACAAGCAUUGCAAGUGGGGUAGCGGGGGGGGCAGGGGAUUUCCCUGCAGGGCUGAGAAUUUGCACAGCCAAUACCCACCCGCCGCCUCCCCUCCCGCACUCGGCUCCCAGUUUAAUACUUUGUUCCCAGACAAUCUCGUUAUUUGGGGCUCUGACUCCCGGGUGCUGGUCUGAUUUCCGUGCCGGAGUCGGUGUCACUCCAGAGUCGCCGCUCGCCCUGGCCAGCAAGGGGUGGGAUUGGGGGUUGGUUCGGUUCUGGUUCAGGACACCCCAAACCGGUUCAGUUGCCAGGCAGUGCCGGGGGGCGGGUCGGAGCAGCUUCCUCCGGCGGGGAACUGAAUUUGGGGCCCGCGUCAAGUGGGGCAUGUGGAAGGAGGAGCUGCCCCGGGGGCUGGGCGGGAGGAGGCCCGUCUAGGGGGGAGAACAGUUGGGGAACCAGCUCCUUUUUCCUCGGGAUUGAAGAGUUAUCGUCAACUUCUGGGACCGGGCGCCCCCCACUUCUCUCCCACCUCCCUCUCUGCUGCUAGGGGCUGUCUCCUCCUCUCCUUCUCCUGGGGCCAUCGCCUGCCUGGGUCCUACUGAUCCUGAAGGAAAGAGCAGAGGCGGUUUCAUUUGAUUUGAUCGGAUACUGAGCUUAAAAACGGCCGAAAGUUUAUGGUAACCGGCGACCUGUUUUCCCCCCCCCAGUUCAGUUCAGAUUCAGCGUCACUGAGUAAGAGAAAAAUGAUGGAUCGAGUCUGGCUCCAGCUCGGUUUAAAAAUACCAGUUCAGACUGGUUCUGGUGCGAGUCCAGGCGGGCACAUGACAUCUGCAGCUGCUGCCCUGACCCCGGGUGCUGGCGUUCGUCUCCCUCUGCUCCUAGAGUUGAGUUUUCUGGGUCAGACGCUGCCGCCUCCGGCGUCGUGAUCUGGGAGCCCAGACUGGGGAGAGACCUUCAUAAACGCCCCCUCUGUGUGCCCAGCCCAGGUGGGGACUUUCCCCCCCGGGGGCUGGAAUUAGCCCCCCGCACCAGCCCGGAGCCGGAGCCCCCAGGUGAUGGGGACGGGCAGGAAAGUGACUUUUCAGGGACCAGCUGGCGAGUUUGUACCGGAGGGGACGGGGCUCCCCGUGUGUCUGCGGGUCCCAGAGCGGCUGCCCUCGGGGACAGAGGCCACGCUGGGUCAGACCAGUGGUCUGUCUAGCCCAACAUCCUGUCUCCCGACAGCGGCCAAUGGCCGGUGCUUCAGAGGGAAUGAAGAGAGCAAGGGAUCAUCGCGUGAUCUUGCCAUUCUCUCUUCGCUUCUAGCCGUCGGAGGCUCGGGACGCCCAGAGCAAGGGGUAGCAUCCCUGCCCAUCCUGGUUAAUAGCCACUGAUGGUCCUGUCCUCCGUGAAUUUAUCCAGUUCUUCUUUGAACCCUGUUAUAGUCUUGGCCUUCACAACAUCCCCUGGCGAGGAGUUCCCCGGGUUAACAGCGUGUCGGGCUGAAGAAUCACGUCCACAUUUCGCUCCAGAUCGUCCCGUCUUCCCGGAGACGGGGAAGAGAAACGGCUGUGGUGCAGCCCGCUCAGGGGCCGGUGACCUUCGAGGAGGUGGCUGUGCAUUUCACCGGGGAAGAGGGGCCACGCUCCGAGAGCCCGCUACAGGGACGUCAUGCAGGCGAAUGAUGAGACUGUCACCUUGCUGGAACCUCAGAGUGAUGGAGACCUCGGGCACGGGGGCUGUUCCUAACCCUGAAACGUUCGUAGCCCUGAGCGAGACGUUAUGGGAGGCGCCUCAGGGCAGACGGCUCGGAGCAGGGGCUCACGGCUGUGCCUGCGAACCUCAGCGUCUUCACCUCCCACCUGUGAUGAGCGUGGGAGUGAGGACAAGGAGGAGAAUCAACAGCAGGAAGCUCCUGGGAAAGUGGAACCACAGGGGGCGUUUUUGAGAAGAGCUGAAGGGAGUUUUUCCCAGUGCUUGACACAGGGAAAUGCCUGGGGAUAUCAGGGCAGGGCAGGGCGGCAGCUGAAAAAACAUCCGAGGAAGAAACCGGAUGAAUCCAGUCCGUGCGUGGGUCCCAAGGAAACCGCAGCUCCACAGAUAAAUCACAAGGAAGAAAAACCCUACAAAUGUCUUGACUGUGGGAAAAGAUUCAGUGCGAGAACAAGCCUCGCUAUGCAUUGGAAAAUCCAUACAGGAGAUAAACCCUAUAAAUGUUUGGACUGCGGGAAAAGUUUCCGUCAGAGUUCACACCUUAUUACACAUCAAAGACUGCACCUGGGAGAAAGACCCUAUAGCUGCCUUGAGUGUGGAAAAAGUUUUAAUGAAAGUUCAUCUCUUACUAAACAUGGGAGAAUCCACACAGGAGAAAGACCCUAUAAAUGCCUUGAGUGUGGGAAAAGCUUCAAUUUCAAAUCAGCCCUUACUGUGCAUCAGAGAACCCACACGGGAGAGAAACCCUAUAAAUGCUUGGACUGUGGGAAAACCUUCAGUGAGAACUCACAUCUCAUUAACCAUGGGAGAAUCCACACGGGAGAGAAACCCUAUACGUGCUUGGAAUGCGGGAAAAGCUUUCGUAAGAGGUCGUCCCUUCUUACACACCAGAGACUGCACACAGGAGAGAGACCAUUUAAAUGCCUGGAGUGUGGGAAAGAUUUUAGUGAGCGAUCAGCCCUUAUUACACACAGGAGAACCCACACAGGAGAGAAACCCUAUAACUGCUUGGACUGCGGGAAAAGCUUCAGUCAGAGGUCACACCUUAUUAACCAUGGGAGAAUCCACACGGGAGAGAAACCCUAUAAAUGCUUGGAAUGCGAGAAAAGCUUUUGUCAGAAAUCGUCCCUUCUUACGCACCAGAGACGGCACACAGGAGAGAGACCGUAUCAAUGCCUUGAGUGUGGGAAAGGAUUCAGUGUGCGAGCGUCCCUUCUUACACACGAGAGAACCCACAUGGGAGAGAAUCCCUAUAAGUGCCUUGACUGUGGGAAAAGUUUCAUUCAGCCAUCCAGCCUUAUGACGCAUCAGAGAAUGCACACGGGCGACAAACCCCAUAAAUGCUUGGAGUGCGGGAAAAGCUUCAGUCACAACUCCUACCUUGCUAGACAUCGGAGAAUCCAUACAGGAGAAAGCCCAUAUCAAUGCUUGGACUGUGGGAAAAGUUUUGCUCACAAGUCAGGCCUGGUUGUGCACCAGAGAAUCCACACUGCGGAGAAGCCCUAUCGAUGCUUGGAUUGUGGGGAAAACUUCCGCCACAAAUCAAACCUUACUAGACAUCAGACAAUCCACGAGGGAGGAAAGACCCUAUAAAUGCCUCGACUGCGGGAAAAGUUUCAUUGAGACGUCACCAUUUGUUACGCACCAGAGAAUACUCACUGGAGAGAGACCCCAGAAGUGCUUGGACUGCGGGAAAAGUUUCGUUCAGAUCUCGCACCUUACUAGACAUCAGACAAUCCACGAGGGAGGAAAGACCCUAUAAAUGCCUCGACUGCGGGAAAAGUUUCAUUGAGACGUCACCAUUUGUUACGCACCAGAGAAUACUCACUGGAGAGAGACCCCAGAAGUGCUUGGACUGCGGGAAAAGUUUCGUUCAGAUCUCGCACCUUACUAGACAUCAGCGAAUUCAGGGCCGUGCUUAGGCAUAUGCGGCUGCGUAGGGCACCCAAAAAUUUGGGGCACCCUUGGGUCUUAGUGUCCCCCACUUCUGCCUCUUCUUAUCCCUGUUCUGACCCUUCCUGCAGGCUCCCACAGCUGGUGAGUCUUCCUCCGGAGGGGAUCUAGGAACUUAAAAGUGAAAAAGCCUCCAGCCUGCCAGCACAACAUUGACACUGUUAAAGAGCCAUCGAGGGGUAAUGAAGCCAUUUCACAGGCAUUUGCCCAACGCCAGGUAUAGCCUGUCAGUUUCUGAAUUUACUGACAAAACCAGUUGGGUAUCACUGUCAUAUUUACUCAGAGCAUUUUACUUAGUUUAAACUUUGCUUUAAAAACAUUUCAUUAGUGAGUUGGUGAAGAUUAUAAAAUCACCGCUCUAAAAAAUCCUCGCAUAGAUUUUUAGAUGCACAAGCUGAGUAUUCAUCUUUCGCCUUAAACGCUUGGCUCUUCAGACAUACGGUUUUUAAAAUAAAUCCUUCAGAAGACACACACACACACUCCUUGUCUAAAAUACGCAUGCGAGUCCAGUCUGUCGUCGGGCAUAGGGGCACACGCUUAAUAAUACUGCAUUGGGCCCUAUAAAUCCUAAGGACGGCCCUGCGAGAGUUCGUACUGGAGAUAAACCUGAGAGAUGCCUCCACUGUAGGAAAAGUUUCAUUGAGAGAACAAACCCUGUUAGACUUCAGAGGAUCCGCAGAGGCUAUAAACUUCAUAAAUGCCUCCGGUGUGGGAAAAGCUUCAGUAAGAGCUCAGAGCUUACCUAACACCAGAGACUUCACGAGGGCGAGAGACCCUAGAAAUGGCUUGGCUAGAUUCAAUCUGAGUUCACGCGACAGGGAGACCUUGACCGGGCAGAGCUUCAGUAGGCUGCUCCCGAAGGACCAGGCACCAGCAAAUCCCCCCGGGGAAGAAACCUCCGAGAUGUCCUCAGGGUGGCAGACGCUCCAGGUGAAGCUGACGCUGUCCUGGGGGAUCGAAUACUGAGGGACCAGGAGGAUGGGUUUUGUGGGGGAAACCAGGGAUUGAAGAGUCGGGGCUGCUAGAACUAGGAAGCAGGGGGAUCCGGGUGCUGGGGCAAUCGAGCAGUUGGGGACUGUGGGUUAAGAAAGGGAGAGCACGGGGGUAUAGAGAAGUGAAGCUUCUUAACAUUCAUUCCCUCGGUACCUUUGUGACGGGUUUCCCCAGGGUGCAAGCGGGGACUGGGGUCCCGCUGAGCCCUCUGGCCUGCCAAUCUGGGCUCCCUUACUCACUGAGACAGGUAGAGUUUAAGUAAUUAUACGUAGUGAGCGUAUAGAUCAAAGCAGAUUACCAUGAGAAAUAAAACAGAACACAACCUAAGCCGUAUAAACGAGAGAGGAUUUGAAUCCAGCAGUGUCUCACCCUGCUAGCUAGAACACGCAGGUUACGGUUUUGCCUACGCAGGCAGGAGUCCCGCCUGGGACUCCCCCAUCCCCCAGUUCACUCUUGGUUCCUGAGGUGGUUUCCGGGGUUGAGUUGUAGGGGGAGAGAGGCCCAGUGGUGAUGUCACUUCCCCCUUUGAUAGCUUCUUGCAGGCGGCGGGA